CAUCCAUCCAUCUUAUACUUCUCCCUUCCUCUAUGCAACAGUAGUUUCUCUCUCUUCCUCUCUUCUUCUCCCUUCUCCUUUUUCCAAGUCACUGAGCACACACAAAAUGGGGAAGCUUUCCCUUUGGACUUCUCCAUGACAGGUGACAACACUUGAGGAGAAGCAAGGAGAAGAGAGUUCAUCUCUAUCUCUAACACUUCACAGAGCUCUGAUCUGACUGCAAUGGGAGUUAUUUAUCACUAUGGUUCUUCCAUCCUCCUAUGCCCUGAGGACAACAGUAGCAUCCUGGGAUUUGAUGAUGAUGAAGAGCUGGCCAUAAAUGGAAAAGUUCAUGGGAGUGGACUUGGGAAGAUUUUGGACCAAAAGACUGCUUUUUUCCGAGAUUCCUUCAAGGUUUUCCCAUUGCAGUCUGAGGAAUGCUUGUUUUUGUUGAUGGAGAAGGAAUCUGAACAUCUCCCAACAAGAGAUUAUGCCAAGAGAUUGAUCAGUGGGGCAUUGGACAUGUCUGUAAGAAUGGAUGCUGUUGAUUGGAUUUGGAAGGUUCAUGCCUAUUACAGCUUUGGACCUCUUAGUGCCUAUCUAUCUGUAAAUUAUCUUGACCGGUUUCUCUCGACCUAUGAACUCCCUAAAGGGAAAGCUUGGAUGACCCAAUUGCUAGCUGUGGCCUGUUUAUCUUUGGCUGCGAAGAUGGAAGAAACUGAAGUUCCUCUAUCUCUGGAUUUACAGAUAGGCAAUGCCAAAUAUGUAUUUGAGGCAAAGACUAUACAAAGGAUGGAGCUAUUGGUACUUAGCACGCUCAAAUGGCGGAUGCUAUCUGUGACACCUUUCUCGUUCAUCGAGUACUUCCUCAACAAGUUUAAUGAUAGAAAUUUGUCAGAAGCAUUCGAGCUCAGCCAGUGCGUGGAUCUAAUUUUGAAAGCAAUUAGAGGAAUUGGAAUUUUGGAAUUCAGACCUUCAGAGGUUGCUGCUGCAGUUGUAAUGACUGCAUUGGGUGGUGAAGAAAUGGUAGACAUUGAAAAGGCUUUGAGUUGUUGUUGCAAUUAUGUUAAGAAGGAGAAAGUUAUACAUUGUUAUGAAGCAAUACACGAUAUUAGAAUCCUGGAGGAUAAUCCUCUGCCAGUCCCAUCAGUGCCACAGAGCCCAGUUGGAGUAUUGGAUGCUAAAUGCUUGAGCUACAAGAGUGAUGAAACCGUUACUCCACAGGAAAACUCUCAGAAUAAUUCUCCAGCAGCAAAGAAGAGGAAGCUGAACAACCUAUCUGAAUCAUUGUAGAGAAGAUUUCUCCUGACAAUUUUAAAGAGGCAUUAGUACUUUUUGAGCUCUUUCUUCUUUGGCUAGAGAAACUUUUUGGUAUGGCCAAAAUAUUAGUAGAGAUUAGAGAAGAUUAAUGAGGCAGAAGUACUUUUGACCUCUCAGUUGUUUGGUUACUGAGAGUUUUUGGUGUUGGGCAAGGCAUGACUGAGUAAGUGUAACACAAAGGGAGAGCCAAAAAUUAAAAAAAAUAAAUAAAGAAAAAAGAAAAGAAGAAGAGAGAAAUAAUCAUAUAUAUUGGACCAUUAUUUCAUGCCAUAAUCAUUAUAAAGUGACUACCUGAACUAGACAAGAAAGGCAGACAGACAACAGCAAAGAAAACAGUAAAUAUGGAAACUUAUAUCAGUUGCAUAUAACUGAUAUGGAAGAAUUUGCUGCAUUAUGUGUGUUUUCCAGCUUCUCUUGUGCUUUUGAUAGCAUUCUAUUGUCUGGUAUCUACUACCCCUGUCAUACUAAGGGACAACGAACUGUAUAAAUUUUGGGUUCUAUUUUCAGAGGCAUUUGAAGCCAUGUCCCUUGGCGUUUAUAGUUUCAUGUAACUAGUUCUAAGAAUUUGAUCUUACUAUAUGUUCCAUUUUCUUGUGGUUUCUUCUCA